UUUCAAUGCAAACAAAUCGGCAAAACCAAGUCAGACGAUCGUGGUCUCUGAAGCGCUUGCCGGAGGUUCGGCUAAAGGAACAUUUGAGAGCCACAGAAAUAUUAGAAGACCAUGUGGUUUUAUGUGGUGGCCUUGCUGGGGUUCUAUUUCCUGUUCCGUUGGUACCGUGAAAAAGAGAUUUUGCCAAACCUGACAGAGAAAUAUGUCUUCAUAACUGGUUGUGACUCUGGAUUUGGCAAUCUCCUGGCUCGACAGUUGGAUGCGAAAGGUCUUCGGGUCUUGGCAGGUUGUUUGACCCAGCAGGCUGCAGAGAAGCUGAAAGAAGCCACGUCAGAACGGUUGCAGACCACCCUCAUAGAUGUCAACAGCACAGAAAGUUUGGACAAAGCAACGGAAUGGGUGAAAAGCCAAGUGGGAGACAAAGGACUUUGGGGAUUGGUAAACAAUGCCGGUGUUUCUGUCCCGACAGCCCCAAAUGAGUGGCUAACCAAGGAGGAUUUCAAGAAAAUCAUAGAUAUCAAUCUACUUGGUGUGAUUGAUGUGACCAUACAUAUGAUACCAUUGUUGAGAAAAGCCAAGGGACGUAUUGUCAACAUUGCAAGCAUAAUGGGCCGAUUAAGUUUGUUUGGUGGAGGCUACUGUCCUUCAAAAUAUGGGGUGGAAUCUUUCUCUGAUAGUCUCAGGAUUGAACUCUUCCCCUUUGGAGUGAAAGUCUGCAUAAUAGAGCCAGGUUACUUCAAAACUGCAGUCACCAAUGAUAAAAUCUUGCACGAGAAUUUCAGGAGCAUCUGGGAGCGCCUUCCAAAAGAAACCAAGGAAGUGUAUGGAGAGAGUUAUUUUAACAAACUGAUCGAAGGAACGACUAAGUUGCAAGACAAGUGCAGUGCUAAACUUCAUCUGGUUACCAACUGCAUGGAACAUGCAUUGACUGCUGUGCAUCCUCGCUUCCGCUACUCAGCUGGUUGGGAUGCAAAACUCUUUUACCUCCCUGCAAGCUACAUGCCAACGAGGCUAACAGAUCUAUUAUUUUUGUGGUCUUAUCCUCAACCAGAACAGAGAGCUUAGGGUGGAGAGAUUUCAAGAGGAAAGUUUGACACUGAUGGAUUGGGUUUGAAAAUCUAUUGUUUUUUGAAUCUUUCAUUCUUGGGUGGGUUUUUAUAUGCUCCUCUUUUUAUUAUACAAUGCUUGUUUCCAGAAUAUAUCCUAAAUUAUCUUUUAUCAGGUCAGGGCAGUUUUCUUGUUACUUAGUUAUAUGUAGGUAUGUAUAUUCCCACCAUUCACCUAUCUGUUGUAGAAGUGAUGCUCAUCUAGGUUUUGACUCUAAAGUAUUAUCAGGGCAAAAGCAUGCAAAGUUUUCCUAAAUCAAAUAGGACCAUUGAUCUGUCCAACUUAGUAGGUUACCUUGGAUCUUUGAAGUCCUGAUAACUGGGGGCAGGAAGCUUGUACCUCCAAAUGUCUGUUCACUAAGCUAUGGUUGGGAACUGCCAUAGCUGUAGACAAAUAGGGUAUAGAUCCCAUUGUUCAGGAUGGCUUCAGACUGGAGAGGAUUCCAGGCAGAUGAUUCCAUUAGUCUGUAAGCAGUUGGUCCUCCUGACUGCAUUCUGUUAAGUGGAGAACUACUCCACAAGGAAAACUUGCUCUGAGAAUAUUUCAGGCACACUUGGGAAAUUCUUACACUUUUGCACAUUUUUUACUCACUUGGUUUUGUACUACAGGGUUAUUCCCAGACAAUCCAUCAUAAUUUGGUCUGCCGGAGCCCUUGUGAAGGCCAACUUUACUAUUUGUUGCUUAGCCUAUUAGCAGCUCUUUCAGAGUUACUUUUUAAUGCUGAUCACUGUAAGUCCUAACCAAAUUAAUCUUGUUUGAGCGAUUUCAUAAUCUGCCUUUUGUCUAUACUGUUUAAAUCACAAUAUUAACAAUUUAUGUUUUAGCUUCAUGUUUUAAAUUAUCAUUUUUUUAAAAAAAAAAUUG